UUUGUUCCCUUCUUGUUCCAAUUUUCAAUCUCUAUUCUUCUAGCCCCUUCCAUGGAUUGCUUGGUGAUGCCGGUCUCGUUGAUCCGGCGACGCUCCGUGAACUCUCGGAUGGGGUAUAGGCCAGUGGGCGAUGAUGGGCUGUUGGAUGAUCAUGAGAGGCCGGUGACUGUUGUGGUUGGGAAAGAGAGGAGGGUGUUCAUGGUGGAGCCUUUCAUCUUGCGAGAGAAUCCAUUCAGGGUUUUGAUGGAAAUUUCAAUGAAGAAGGCGGAGAAGGAUCACUUCCACUUCACGAGCAACGAAAGAAGAGUGAUAUUUGUGGAUGUGGAUUCAAUAUUGUUCGAGCAUAUGCUGUGGCUAAUGCAAAAUGAUGCCUCUUCUCUCUUCCAGCUCAAUUUGAAGGAGAUCAUUGACUUCUAUUCUCAGGAUAUUUAAUGUAAUAAUAUAACUCAUAGAUUUCAGUAAUAUACCUCAUAAUUAAUAUGUUAUCCCCUGUUUCUUUUCUUUUGCUAAAUUUUAAUUUUACCUUACUAUAAACUAGGCUAAAGUCACUUUGUUAUAUAAGAAUGUGGUUUAGUGCAGUUUCUAAACCAUUCGGUUCGUUUCUAAAAGAACUGCACCAUAAACACCUCUAGAUAAGAUAAUUUCAAAAGAAUCCUGCUAGGAUUUUUGUAACAAUGUUCUCAUACGCAAUUAAUAACAACCAAUUACGAGGGUUUAGUGUA